AAAGUACCUGUGUAUAUACUGUAUGAGAAGUCUUGGAAGCCGGGGCUAUGAACAUUGAAAGGCCGAUAUAAAAAUGAUACCCAAUGAUUACCUUAAACUCACAAUGAUUACAAUAGUCUGAGAAAGAAAAACUGAUGGGAUAAAGACUAAGCAGUAUCCAUUUCUGCAGCUCAGCUGAGUUACAUUUGACGUCAAAGCUAUAGUGAAUUCGUGGGAAAUUAAAAUAAUGACACAGCAGAAGUGUCAGCAAUCUGCAGGAUAUAAAGACAGAAGCAGCAGAGGCGGCUGAACACACCAGCUGAUCCUGAACCAGGCUACACUCCCAGUUCAUCAUCAUCAUCAUCAGCAUGGGCAUCAGCAUGAAGGCGUUCAGCGUGUCUCUGACACUCUGCACCUUUCUGAUCCUAAGCGAUGCCCACCCGCUCGACCACACAAGCCCCAUUUUUAACCUUGGGGGCAUCUGCAAACAACAGAGGAACCACAGCCAGGACCCCAUUGGAGAGUUUGUCCCACAGUGUGAUGCUAAUGGGAACUUCCUCCCGCAACAGUGCUGGGCGUCCACCGGGUACUGCUGGUGCGUCAACAUCAUCACGGGAAAAGAGAUACCGAACACGAGGACAACGCCGGGCAUCACACCUGUUCAGUGUGGCCUCUGCGAAAAAGAGAGGAAGCCCAGCCAGGACCACCCUGGAGAGUUUGUCCCACAGUGCGAUGUUAACGGGAACUUCCUCCCCCAGCAGUGCUCUGGGUCCACCGGGUACUGCUGGUGCGUCAACAUCAUCACGGGAAAAGAGAUACCGAACACGAGGACAACGCCGGGCAUCCCACCUGUACAGUGUGGCCUCUGCGAACAAAAGAGGAAGCCCAGCCAGGACCACAUUGGAGAGUUUGUCCCACAAUGUGACAUCAACGGGAACUUCCUCCCCCAGCAGUGCUCUGGGUCCACCGGGUACUGCUGUUGCGUCAACAUCAUCACAGGGGAAGAGAUACCGAACACGAAGACACCACCGGGCGUCACACCUGUUCAGUGUGCCCUCUGCCAGGACCAGAGAAAGAAUAGCCCCAGAGUGCCUGGACAUUUUGUCCCGAAGUGUGACGCAAACGGGAACUUCCUCCCCCAGCAGUGCUCUGGGUCCACCGGGUACUGCUGGUGCGUCAAUGUCAUCACUGGGGUAGAGAUACCAAACACGAGGACACCGCCGGGCGUCAAACCUGUCCUGUGUGACAAGAACUCCUGUCCGGAGGAUUGGUCCCGCCUUGGAAAGCGAUGUUUUGCCUUCAUCGACAGCGCAAAGACUUGGUCUGAAGCCGAGGAUUACUGCAUGUUUGAAGGAGCCAACCUGGCGUCGGUCCACAGUAAUGAGGAGAAUAACUUCAUCCAGAUUUUGACCAAAGAAGACACCCACGAAUUCCCCCUAACCUGGAUCGGUGGCAACGAUUGCGUUAAGUCCGGUUUUUGGAUGUGGAGUGACGGCACCAAGUUUAAUUACGAAAUCUGGUCCAAGCACUACAACUUGCGAGACAAAUGGAGAACAACGCACUGUCUGGAGAUGAAUUAUGGAUAUCGCAAGAAGUGGAACGCCGCCUCGUGCAAUGACACUCUCCCUUUUGUUUGUGCCAAGGAGAUCUGAGACAUCUGAGGAUACCCGAUGGGCCAGAUCUAACAGUCGGAGUAACGUAACACUAUGUAAUCACACUGUGGGAUCCAGAUCCAUUUACAGGUCCCACAAACUCUCUGAUAUCUUUCUAGUUAGGCAAGUUUAGCACGAUCCACUAUCAAUCCUGUACCAUGAUGGUUGUUUAAUACACAUUGUGUUCAUGAUGUUAGUGUAUCAUGUUUAAAGCACAAAUUAGUCCCAGCUAACUUGGAGAGGAGGCUCUUCUGUCUGUGUGAGGGAGACGACAGGAAGUGCAGUUUGGGAAAUCUGUUCUGCAUUUGAACGAGGAUGAUGUAAGAGAGAUGUGAGUGAGCAAAUCAGGGAAGUUAGAAUAGCUAAUGCAUCCUGUCUGUGAGCAGAGGAGUCCUUUCUUUAAGAAAAAGCUGAGAUAGGGAUGUUAAUCAAUGAUAAUGAUAUGCAUAAAAAAAACUUACUUGGGCCCGGCUCCGUUCCGAAAUAAUAUGACCAAUGACACAGUAAUGUAACAUGUAAAGUGUCUUCAACUUAUCAGAGCAACAAUUAAGUACUGUACUAAGCCAACAUAAUUAAUAAGUAAUAUAAUCAGAAAGUAAUCUGUUCACAUGGGGAAACCAAAGACUUUUGAACACCUGUUUCUUUAACGUGUAUAUAAGAAACUCACAAUAAAAGAUCAUUGUCAAAAAGACCUAGGCACAAUUAAGGAAGGGGAGUGAAGAUGGGGAUUAAGGAUUGAAAUGGUUCAAAGCCAAUUUUAGAUGUAGGAAACAUGAUAUAAGUGUGUGUAAAUGUGUCCAACUGACACCAGCCAAAAUGCUGUAUAAAAAAUUACAUUCAGCUGUCUAUGCCUGUAGUCUGUUGAUGUGUCUGGGACAGCUCGGUUUACUUGUAAACAUGUAAUUGUUUCAAAUAAAUCUGCCUUAAGUGAA